UUUUAAAAACAUAGUACAAAUGAAAUUACUUCUUUUGCAGCAAACGAUUUUUUAUUACCGCUUACCAAAAUCGUCUAAAAAAUGUGCGAACAGCCUCUGUACAUAGUGAUAUUAAAAUAACAAUAUGCGAUAGUAGCUGAGUCGAACACGUUGCACAGAGCGCCAUGAAUCCGGCUCAUUUACCAUAUAAAGAAGCCUGAGGGACACCUCACAAUCAUGAAUCUUGAUGGCAUUUCCCAGGAGGGACAUCGGAGGAACAAAGAAAAAGGGGGGCCAGGAUUUCGAAAGAUCCAACACAUGAGCAGUAGAUAAGGCUACAAUGAGUUGGAGCAUAAAAUAACAGAUGUAAGGUGAAAUCGCAUGUUUGGAAAGUUUUCUAAGUGUGAGAACAAUUGCGACGUCCGGUUAGCUUAACAAGAAUCUACAGAAAAAAAUGGUUCAGAUAAUAAAUGUAAGGGAAAAUAAAAUGGAUAAAAUGCUGUUACAAAAAUGCAGAUACGAAAUUGAAUAGAGUGAAAAAAUAACCAAAGAAAUAUAGUUUAGCAAUUACAAUAAAGGAAGGAGAAAAUUAUGCGAAUAUUUUUAAAACUUUCAGAAACUAGCGCUAAAACACCUAGUUGGGAAAAUACGCGAGCCCAAAUAGGGUAUUUUUCUCAUAUGAGGUUUCCUUUGCUUAAUUUUUUAAGUUAAGGUUUUGCAUUUUCCCACCUUCUACCUGUUUUCGAGUAGUAACCUAGAUUGUAUUACUUAUAAUAAUUUAUACUCCUGUUGAUAUAUAUUUCUAUUUAUUCUUUCCAGAUUUAAGUUUUCUUUACCUAGCAACAUUAUAUUCUUUUCAGGUGCUUUUGUUUGUUACUACCAUUUCCAGUUUCUUAUAUUUCAUUUACAUUUAACGUGUAAUUUUAGAUUUAAUUUAUUGCUCAUUUAUAUAGGUAAAUUCAACCAUGGAUCGGUUAUCUGGAAAGACAAAACCUAAAGAAGUUGCACCAAAUCUGUUAAAAUAUAUGGCAAUGGUUAAUAAAAGGAUUGAGUCCAUAGAUAUGAAAAUAGCAGAGUUAGAUGAAAUAUUAGUAAAUUAUAAAGAUCAUCUGGAAGAAAUGAGAGAGGAUCCAGCAAGAAUUUGUAUUGAAAUCGCAGAGUCGAGUGUACAAAAAAGAAAAAAACUAUACGAGAUGGAGAAGGAUCGUCUGGCUGAUCAGUCUUUUCGUUUGGAGAAAAUAAAAUCUCUUGUGCAGAGAUUUAAUGCUAUUACUGAUGCCAUGAAUAUGACAGUAAAAGAAUUGAAAAGACUGUCCAGAAAAGUAAAGACUAAUGAAAAUGAUACUGAG